AUGUCGUAUUUAAACAAUCCCGCUGUUGUCAUGGACAAUGGUACCGGGCUUACCAAGCUUGGUUUCGCCGGUAACGAUUCUCCCUCGUGGGUCUUCCCCACAGCCAUAGCCACAGCUGCACCUUCCAAUACGAAGAAGGCUUCGGGCGUCGGCGCAUCUUCAGGAGCAGGUAGCGAUACAUCAUACUUCGGUAAUUCUACGUCUGCCACCAACUUUAACGGUGUAACCGGUGGCCUGCUAUCCAACAACUUGUCCGGCAAGAGAGGUACAGAGGAUUUGGAUUUUUACAUUGGGAAUGAGGCCUUGGUGGCAUCUCAAGGACCCUCUUAUUCUUUGAGUUAUCCUAUUAGACAUGGUCAAGUGGAGAAUUGGGACCACAUGGAGAGGUUCUGGGAAAAUUCCAUUUUCAAGUACUUAAGAACAGAACCUGAAGAUCAUUUCUUUUUAUUGACAGAACCACCAUUGAAUCCUCCAGAAAACAGGGAACAAGUUGCUGAAAUCUUUUUUGAAUCAUUCAAUUGUGCCGGUCUAUACAUUGCUGUGCAAGCGGUGUUGGCUUUGGCCGCCUCUUGGACCUCUUCUAAGGUAACAGAUAGAUCACUAACUGGUACCGUUAUAGAUUCUGGUGACGGUGUCACUCACGUCAUUCCAGUGGCGGAAGGUUACGUUAUUGGAUCGGCCAUCAAGAACAUUCCUAUUGCUGGUAGGGACAUCACGUUGUUCAUCCAAUCCUUGUUAAGAGAACGUGGUGAAGCAGACACUUCUUUAAGAACCGCAGAAAAGAUCAAGCAAGAAUACUGUUAUGUUUGUCCAGAUAUUGUUAAAGAGUUUAACAAAUUUGAUAGAGAUCCUUCUAAAUUCGCACAAUUUGUGGUGGAAAAUCAAGAAAAAACAAGGAGAAAAGCUGUGGAUAUAGGUUAUGAAAGAUUCUUGGCUCCAGAAAUCUUUUUCAAUCCUGAAAUUGCAUCAUCAGACUUCUUGACUCCUUUGCCUACGGUGGUAGAUCAAACAAUUCAGGCAUGUCCUAUUGAUGUUCGUAAAGGUUUAUACAACAACAUCGUAUUAUCAGGUGGGUCCACCAUGUUUAAGGAUUUCGGGCGUCGUUUACAAAGAGAUUUGAAAUCGAUUGUAAAUAAUAGAAUUGCGCAAAGUGAACUAUUAAGCGGGACAAAGUCAACUGGUGUGGAUGUUUCUGUGAUUUCCCAUAGAAAGCAAAGAAACGCUGUCUGGUUCGGUGGUUCCUUGCUGGCACAAACUGCAGAAUUCAAAGGUUACUGUCACACCAAGAAGGACUAUGAGGAAUACGGUCCAGAAAUUGUUAGAAACUUUAGUCUUUUCAACAUGGUUUGA